CGGGGCAGCGUCGUAAAGCAUAAUACUGUGAGAAAACGUGCGCGGGGGUAGUUGUGUUUUUUUAUUAAGACUUUCAAUUUAAAAAUGGUUCGUAAAUUAAGAUUUCACGAGCAGAAGCUCUUAAAGAAAGUAGAUUUUAUUAACUGGGAAGUGGACAACAAUUUGCACGAGGUGAAAGUGUUGCGGAAAUACCGCAUCGAGAAGAGAGAAGAUUACACCAAGUACAACAAGCUGAGCCGCAACAUCCGAGAGCUGACGGGGAAGAUCCGUGACCUGGACGAGAAGGACGGUUUCCGGGCUCAGAGCACGACGCAGCUGCUGGAGAAACUCUACAGCGUGGGCCUGAUCCCCACCAAACAGAGUCUGGCUCUCGCUGAUAAAGUCUCUGCGUCGUCCUUCUGCAGGAGGCGGUUGCCGUGGGUGAUGCUGAAACUGCGCAUGGCUCAGAACUUGAAGAACGCAGUCACUUUCAUCGAACAGGGACAUAUUCGUGUCGGCCCUGAGAUCAUCACAGAUCCUGCGUUUCUGGUCACAAGGAACAUGGAGGACUUUGUGACCUGGGUGGACUCGUCCAAGAUUAAGCAACAUGUCAUGAAUUACAAUGAGGAGCGAGAUGACUUUGAUCUCGUGGUUUAAAUCUGCUGUAGUGAUUUUCAACCAUGGAGACAGUCAGAGCUGGGAAUCAGGAGCUGCUCGAGGUCUUCACUCAGACGACCGACGUGGAGAAUUGACAAACACGCCAUCAACACAUUCCAGCCAAGUUCACACGUGUGAACAGGAGAAUGUUACAUUUAGAGCUUUUAUACAUUGGUAUUGUGUUGUGAGGUGAAAAUAUUUAUUUGAGGAUAAAACUUGUCAUCGUCAUGGACAGAAAAAAGCAGUUUGUAAUGCAGAGUUUCUAUCUGAUAUAUAAACGUCCUUUUAUUUAUAUGUAUGUAUGUAUGUAUGUAUGUAUGUAUGUACUUUCAGAAUAUUUGAUACGUUUUCAUAUUAUAAUACUUUGUCAGGUAACAGUAAUUGUUCAAGAAAUUGUCUCAUUUGGGGGAAAAAAAGAAUGUGAUAUUGAAAGAGAAAGGCAUUUAAAUUUAAAAGUCUAAAACAAACAAGAACAAAAUCAUUAGAAACUCACUUUGAUUAGUGCGAAGAUGAAGUAUGCCAGAGUUCAGCUCUGAAAUUGUAUAACUAUACAUUCCUCGAGUUGCCUUUGAAGGAAAAGAAGUGGGUCCAGCUGGGGGUGGAGCUUGUUUCAGGGUCAGAAAAAAUGGAAAUGGUGCCUUAAAUGAAAUGAAGAAAUGAGCCAUGGAGAUGUUAAAAUUCCCAGCGUUUACGGUGUCUAUAAAGUGGUACGAGUGUUCAUGAUUUAGAAACGCUUUCAAAUAGCACACACUCCAACUUUAACUAAAUAAAAGUCAAUUCAUCCCCAAGUGUUUUAUUCCUCUCAUAGCAAUUAGAUCCCCCCCAUACCGUUUUUGUUUUUCAUUUGAAUCUUGUUGGUUACUUUGUCAGUGAAAGGUGGAAGAAGAUCUGAUGUGAUUUAUUUUGGCUGUUUUUUUUUGUUUGUUUGUUUUUAUAAAUAAGAAUUUAAACAUCACAAUAUCCUGAGAAUUGAACAGGGGUGUGUAAACUUUUACAUCCACUGUACAUUGAAGCUGUUUGACCUUCCCACAUUGCCACACGUGUUCUGCAUGAAUUUAUCUCUAUGACCAUUCAAUUAUUUGAGCUUUUUAUUUGUUUAAAUGUUAACAACUAAGAAUGUAAAAUGAACAAGAGGACGUAUAAUUUUUAUUUU